AUGCUGGGAGACGGCCGAACACUUGAGAACUUGCACUUUGCCAUGAGCACCAGCGAGGCAGAAUGCAACAACAGCGGAAGUGGCACCCUGGAAGGCCGUGCGCGUGCGAGUGGUGGGGCAGGCAAGUUCGACAAGGCAAUGAAGAUGUACCAAAAGUCCAUGGCGAUUAGGCGGCGCCUGACGAGCAUGGCGAGCAGCACCACGCGCUUCGUUGGCAGCAGAGAUGAUGGCGGUUGCGGCGGCGGCGCACUCAAUGAAGAGAGCGCCGCCGCGCAGACCUCAUUGAGCUCGCUGCGCGGGCCGAUGCUCCGUUCAUCAACCCAAAUCACGCGUGUGGCGCCCGCGUCAUCCAUCGCGUCCUUCGCCUCUCCGCAGCAUUCACGGGCGCUGCCGGAGAUGGCCUUCGGUGUCGCGACCGGGUGUGAGCCGACAGAGACGGCUUCGCAGCCUGCCACCACACUUGGUACCGGGUCGUCCGUUGAGACGCGCUCGUCCAUGGCAGCGUGGAUGCUGCACUCGCACGUGCCGCUGCCUGCUCUCAACUCAGCCAGGCGCCUCUCCAAUCCGCCUGACGUCGAGCGGAAAACGGCGCCAUCGUCCUCAUCUCCAUUCUCUCUGGCCAUCCCAUCGCGAGGCCGCACGAAACGCGGCAGUGAUGAUCGCCACAAAAAGGUGGCCGCCGGCGGCGGCGAGAACGACGCAGUGUGGCGGAAGGGCAGCCCCACCUGCAGCGCCCACCUAGACUUUCCCUCUCUCUUCUCCGCCGAGCGACAACACACUGCAUGGCGGCACAACAGCGGCGGAGCGAGCGAGUGUUUCGACGUCGGCAUCCACAGGUAUGCUGACCAGCUCUCGACCUCGACAGUAGACUCGCCGCUGCUGUCGCCGAUGCCGUCCUUUCACCAGAUGCUGGGCCGGUCCUACGAUGUUCCAGCACUGGACGCGAUCUUCCGUGGCUUCAGCACUGGUGUCGAUCGGCGGCAGCAGGGCCGCAGAUCGCUGCGGUCGCCGCCUUCACCAACUCAUACCACCAUGCCAGUCGCGGCGGCCACAUCGGUGCCAUCAGUGUCGACAAGCCUGCAGCUUUCAUCCUCACUUGUCUCAAAGAUGUCUGUGCAGCCCCCUGUAGCUGCAGUGACAAAGCAGAUGCCCACGGCAUCGGUGUCAUCAUCGGCAGCGACUAGAGCGGCAGCAGGCGUACACGCAGUGCCGGCAGGCAACGACGGCUUUUCGUACCCGGCGCAGGCACCGACAAGGAAAAAUCGAAGCAGCUCGUACCCGGCCGAUAAGGCGCCCCCAGAAGCGAGCGGACGCAGCACGGUCGAAGGCGGUGAUGGUGUGCACACGAGCGGAUCUCUCGCGCUGGUCAAGACGAUGGCGUCGGCCCCGAACCUCAAGCCGAACGAAGCGGGCCUUCUACCGCUGGGGCCGUCGCCGCUGGACGAGAGCUCGACAGCGACGACAACAACGGCGCAGUUUUACACCACCGCCUUGCUGGCGAAGACGUUCGACGGUGCCCAGUACCUCAACGACUACAUUCUACUGCACGAGAUCGGCAGUGGCUCCACAGGGCGCGUUGUUCUGGCGUUCAGCACGAGCAUGAACAAGAGUGUUGCCAUCAAGAUCAUUCUAAAGCCGAAAGAGAAGCACCGGUUGCAGCACCGCGUGUCAGCUUCCACGUCCACGUCCGUGCUCGGGCAGCACAGCGGCGGCGGAGCCUUUAGUGGUGGAAGAGCAGCGGCUGCGCUGGCUACAACGACACCCGAAACCAUGCAGAACUUCAAGUCAUCGUCCUCUUCGACUCAGAGGCGGAGCAAGCACCGCCAGACACCGUCGACCCCGUUCACGACGGUGGCGGACAAGACGCGUAACCUGCAGCGCGAGGACGAGGUUAUGAAGGACCUCAACCACCCCAACAUUGUUCGUCUUUACGAGGUCAUCAACGACCCCAAGGCGAACUCCCUCUUCCUGGUCCUACAGUACGUCGAUAACGGCGCUGUCGCGCAGCUCGACUCGACUGGACGUAUUCGAGCUCCGUUGCAGCCGUGGACCGUUCUGCCGAUCGCCGCGCAAGUCAGUGACGGCCUCGUGUACCUUCAUGAGCAGCAUAUUGUGCACCGUGAUAUCAAGCCCGAGAAUAUCCUCGUUAACCGCGACGGACACGCCUUUCUCGCCGACUUCGGGGUCGCAGAGCUCAUGAACGCGAAGGCAGGCCAACCAACCGCCGCCACGCUCGCCUAUCAAGGCACACCACUGUUCAUGGCUCCUGAAAUCUACGCCGGCAUCGACGACGAAGACAGAGACGAGGAUGCGGAGCGAGCCUCAGGUCGGCGCACACGGCGGAGGAGCAGCACUGAUGCUGACGAGAGCAGCAGCAUGACGGCGAGCCCCUCGUGCGAGGAGCAGCGCGACUCACGCGCGAUCGACCCGUUUGCCCUCGACGUCUGGGCGCUAGGGGUCACCUUCUACACAUUGCUCAUCGGCCACGUGCCCUUCACAUCCAUGCUCCAGAUCUCGCAGACGGUCGAGAAGGGAGUGGACAUACCAGCCUCGCUCCCAGAGCAGUGGCGCACCGUGCUGCGGCGCACGAUGGAGCCGCGUCAAGAGCUGCGGAUCUCCUCAGCUGAGCUGUGCCACAUGCUGCACGCGAUGCUAGCCGAGCAAGAGGCCGCAGAGGUCAGGGCUGGCGGACGCAGCCGGACGGCAUCGCUCAGCACACGCUCGCAAAGCGCAACCCUCGGCAAUCGUCGCAAAACCUCUCACCAGCCCUGCACCGGGGGUCGAACGGCGCGCAGUGCAAGCCUCGCUGCUGACGCGGAAGAGGAGAGUAUGAAUCUUGGUAGCAGCCGCAGCAGCGGGGACGAGAGCGGCACAAGCGAGUACAGCCAAGGUGUCCUCAGCCUUAGCAUCACUUCCGUCGACCUCAACAUCCUGCAACCGACGCGAACCCAAAAAAAACAGGGGCUGAGUUGA